AUGGCGCUCACCAACUCAAUUCUUCUUCUCACACUAAUAACAAUCAUCUUCACAGCUCAAACCACCACCGCACUUCCACCAGAAACACUCACAAACGCCAUAGAAACUUUAUCAAAUUCCGGCUAUAACGCCAUGUCCUUAACCCUAAGUGCCAUCUCCGACGGAUCACUCUCUCACCACAACGCCGCCACAAUCUUCUCACCGCCGGAUCAUGCUUUCGCUGACUACGGUCAACUGUCACUCUCUCUCCUUCAAAUCCACAUUUCUCCGAUGGCCUUCUCUCUCUCUAGCAUCCGUUCUCUCCCUUUCGGUACCAAAAUCCCUACCGUUGAUGAAUCUACUUUCCUUAUCGUCACAUCUUCAUCGUCAAACGACGUCGUUUCGAUUAAUGACGUCAGGAUUACCGGUUUUCCUAUCUUCGAUGACGGUUCGUUGAUCGUUUACGGUAUUGAGAGCUUCCUAGAUCCGAAUUUCACCGUUCCGGAUAGUCCGAUUCAAAUCAGUAACGUGAAUCACUGUACGGCGUCGUUUCGAGGUAGUAGUGAUAAUAAUAACAUUAUUAGUUCGUUUCAUGAUGCAGCUAAUGUGUUGAUUUCUAGAGGUUACUCUGUAUUUGCUUCGUUUCUCAAUUUACAAAUUGGAAGUCAAAGUCAAAAGGAGAGUCAAAGUCAAAGUAGGUUGACUGUUUUUGCGCCUAGUGAUGAAGUGAUGGUGGAAUAUUCCGGUAGGUUUCCUGAUUAUCAAAGUCUGUUUCAUCGUCACGUGUUGAAAUGUAAGGUUUUGUGGAGAGAUGUGAUGAGCGUUGAUGACGGAACUAGUUUCGAUACAUAUUUGGAUGGAUUUAAGGUGAAAAUUGAUAGAUCUGGUGGUGUUUAUAAGGUGAAUGAGGUCUCGAUUACGUUUCCGGAUAUGUUUCAUAGUGACUGGCUUGUGGUUCAUGGAAUUCGUGAUGUUUUGAGUUUGCCUGAGUUGUUUGAUGAAAUUGGUGAUGGUGAGGAGGAUCAGGAUGAUAGUGAUGAUUCUGUUGGUGAAACUCUGGUUAGAAGUUCGGGUAGAAUGUUAAUUACUGCUGCUGCUGCUCCGGAUCGGUCUGAGUUUUGAAUCCGUUUUUAGGUGCUUCAAUCAGCAAGGGUCAAAGUUAUGGCAUAGAGGAUCAAA